UGUGCCGAUGAGAAAGGUUGCCAGAGAAGCAAGCAAAAUACCACAAAGUUCGGGGCUUCACUGCAGGCUGGAUGUUAGCCAACUUUCACAGACAAGCAGGAGCGUGGCUUAGGUGACGUGGCCCACUUCUGGGAGCUGCAAGGACAGAGAUGCCACAAACCUAAGGUUCCUGAACAGAGAACUUAAAUCUUCAGAUUGCGUAUUUCGACUAGGGGCUGGGGAGAUGGUUCCAGACGACCUGGAGGGGGUCAGGGGUGAGAAAUCAUCAGUCAAAACGUCCUUGGAAACUGCUCUUGGCUGAAACAAACCUCCAGGAAGGACGAAUCGCCUUUCCCCACAAAGUUUGGAGACAGGCAAACCUGUGGCAGCUGGAGAAUUUUGGGACAUAGUUGCAAUAACAGCAGCUGAUGAAAAACAGGAACUUGCUUAUAAGCAACAGCUGUCAGAAAAGAUGAAAAGAAAGGAAUUACCCCUUGGUGCUCAGUACCAUGUUUUUGUUGAUCCUGCUGGAGCGAAAAUUGGAAAUGGAGGAUCGACACUUUGUGCUCUUCGAUGUUUGGAAAAGCUGUAUGGAGAUAAAUGGAACUCAUUUACCAUCCUAUUAAUUCACUCUGGUGGCUACAGUCAACGCCUUCCCAGUGCUAGUGCUUUGGGGAAAAUUUUCACUGCUUUACCUCUUGGUGACCCCAUUUAUCAGAUGUUGGAAUUAAAACUAGCCAUGUACAUUGAUUUCCCCUCACACAUGAAUCCUGGAAUUCUGGUUACAUGUGCAGAUGAUAUUGAACUUUACGGUAUUGGAGAAUUUGAGUUUAUUAAGUUUGACAAACCAGGCUUUACUGCUUUAGCUCAUCCUUCUAGUUUAUCUGUAGGUACAACACAUGGAGUAUUUGUCUUAGAACCUUUUAAUCAUUUAAAAUACAGAGACGUUGAAUACACGUGCUGCCAUCGUUUCCUUCAUAAGCCCAGCAUAGAAGAGAUGCAUCAGUAUAAUGCUGUGUAUAAACCUGGAAGCUUUAGUUCAGUGUACUUUGCUGGGGGUGAUACUGCCUAUCUUAAAUUAGAUUCGGAAUAUGUUUACACAGAUAGCCUAUUUUAUAUGGAUCAUCAAUCAGCUAAAAAGUUGCUUGCUUUUUAUGAAGAAAUAGGCACACUGAACUGUGAAAUAGAUGCAUAUGGUGACUUUCUGCAGGCUUUGGGACCUGGAGCAACUGUGGAGUACACCAGAAACACAUCCAAUGUCACUAAGGAAGAGUCAGAGUUGGUAGAUAUGAGGCAGAGAAUAUUUCAUUUUCUUAAAGGAACACCACUGAAUGUUGUUGUUCUUAAUAACUCCAAAUUUUAUCACCUUGGAACAACUGAAGAAUAUUUGUUUCAUUUUACUUCAGAUAACAAUAUAAAGUCAGAGCUUGGCUUACAACCAGUGGCUUUUAGCAUCUUUCCAAAUAUAACAGAGUGCUCUGGUAAAACAUCCUGUAUCAUUCAGAGUAUAGUGGAUUCAAGGUGUUCCGUGGCACCUGGCUCAGUUGUGGAGUAUUCCAGAUUGGGUCCUGAUGUCUCAGUUGGAGAGAACUGCAUUAUUAGUGGUUCUCAUAUCAUGACAAAAGCUGUCUUAUCUCCAUGUUCUUUUGUGUGCUCCAUAAGCUUGAAGAUAAAUGGACACUUAAAGUAUUCAACUAUGGCAUUUGGAGUGCAAGAUAACUUGAAAAAGAAUGUAAAGAUAUUGUCAGAUAUAAAGUCACUUCAAUUCUUUGGGAUCUGUUUCCUGUCAUGCUUAGAUAUUUGGAAUCUUAAAGUUAAAGAAGAACUGUUCUCUGGGAACAAGACACAACUGAGUUUGUGGAAUGCUCGCAUUUUCCCAGUUUGUUCUUCUUUGAGUGAUUCAGUUACCACAUCCCUAGAAAUGUUAAGUGCGAUAAAGAAUAAGUCAACAUUCAACUUAAAUAGCUAUGAGCUGUUGUCCAUUGAAGAAAUGCUUGCCUACAAGGAUGUAGAAGACAUGAUAACUUACAGGGAGCAGAUUUUUCUAGAAAUUAGUUUAAAUAAAAAGUCUGAUUUGUAGAUAUCUUAAGUGUUAUAUACUUUCCCCUUUGAGCAAGAUUAUGAAUCUAUGCAUUUUCUGUAACAUUCUUUGGUUUCAGGAAGUCAUUUAAAAUUGUAUUACAACAUGAUUGUAGCAUAACAGUAAUACAAAAUACAGAGAAAUCAUUUUUGAUGAAAAAAUAUUUCAAGAAUAAUUUUAGAAAAGAGAUGUUGGCUGUUUAUCACUAUUUAAAUUUUCCUUUUAAUAAGCAUGGUUUUGCAGCUUGUUGUUCUGUCUAUGUAAUAAAUAUUUUAAUAACUUCAGAAGUGUGUUCCUAAACAUAACUUUAGAAUUUCUCCAUCUUCUUUUGGGCUUUGGUUCCAGUAAAAUUCUAAGAGUUUAUUGACAAUUCUUUCUUCAAAUGUAGACCAGUUUUGAUAGACCAAUAAAAAUGACAUGGAGUUUUCAGAUUACUAUUAGAAAACUGUAGACAUCCUUUUUUAAAGAUUAUUUUUAAAUUUACUUUUGAGAGAGAGGAGGAGAGAAGAGCUUUCCAUCCACGGCUUCAUUCCCCAAAUGCCUGUGAUAACCAGGUAUUCGACCUGGAGCCAGGAAUUCAAUCCUGGUCUUGCACAUAAUUGGUAGGAACUCAGUUACUUGAGCUAUCACUGCCACGUACCAGAGUCUGUGUUAGCAAGAAGCUGGAGUCCAGAAUUGGAACUGGGUAGCAAACCCUACUCCAGUGUGGAAUCCAGGCAUCUUCAUUGAUGUCUUUGCCACUAGGCUGUGACCAGCCUCUAGAAAUGCUUUUUCAAACGCUAAUCCAAAGCUGACAAAUUCAAAUCAAAUCAUUGCUUAUAUCAUACACAAAGUUGUCUUUUUUUUAGUCAGUAGGUAGCUAGGUACACAGAGCACUAAUAUCCAUGCUAAAAAUUAUCUCACUUGUUGAUUUUGUCAAAAUGAAACAAAAGCAUGUGCUUUGUAUCCUAUACACUUGAACAGUGUGUUUGUCUAUCAUAAUUGUUCCCCAAAGUUUCAUUUCACAGAAAACCCCACAUAUGACUUAGAUAUCUGUAGAGAAAGUGAAUAAUUGAGAUUCUGUGGACAUUGCAUUCAGUCUCUCCCAUUAACUCCUUUAACAGAACUGUUAAAUUGCCAGAUGGAUUGAUUCUGCUUUCCAUUUCUUCCUUUCCUUCUAUACACUGUUGAUGAAGCUGAGAGGCAGUAAUUGGCCAAAAGGUAAACAGCAGGAGGAAGACAAAAGAAUAGAAAAACCCACAAUACACAGAUGAGAAAACCUCAAGAAAAUUGGAAUUGGCUGGAAUCCCAACUUAUGUAUUCCUAUUUUAAUAAAAGCACAGAAAAGAAAUGUCUUCAUAUCACAGUAUAAUAAUUAACUAGACACAGAGUUGUCAGAGUUUCAUGUUAAAUUAAUAUGAACAAACUGGAAUAAGAACUGAUCUGUGUUACAUUCAUUUAUGUAUUAACAUGUCAAUAUAAAAUAAUUGGUAAACCAAAAGUAACUUGUUUGAAACCCUCAGUUAUGAAGUACUUAUGUAUAUGCAUGUGUGUGUUUGUUUUUUCAAAAAUCUCACAAGGAGAAAAUAAAAACUAUACAGUAGUUAUUGCUUAAUAUACCUCAAUUUACUUUCAGAGCUUUGAGAAGAUGUGUUUGUCAUUUGUUAAAUGAAGACUAAUUUUAUAUAAAGUGACAUCAGUCAUGUGAAUUGCUGUUACUUUCCACUAAAAGAAAACACUACCAAUAAAAUAUGAUGCAAUGCUUUUUUUUUACUUGAAGUUUUUAUAUUUAUUGGAAAUAUCUUUUAGAUAAACUUUAAAUUAGAGACCUUUUCAUUUAGCCCUCUAACAUAUAUAUAUAAAUUCACAAGUGAAAUACUGAGAUAUCAUCAAGAUGUUUCUAUAGUUUCAUAUUCAGUGUUAGGCUCUUCUGAUGCACUGUCAGUUCAGAGUUUUUGACACCCACAUUCCCAGCCAAUACCAUCUUCUGUGCUUUCAAAAGUAAUGGUAAGUUUGCCUUUCCAAAGACGGCCUUGCUGUAGCACUGUCCAAAAUUUCUAAGCUGUAGAUGUUCUACCUGUUCAGAUUUUUAUGCUGAUGCUUUACUGUUUGACCAGUCUCCAUUUCAUUUUUGCCUCAGUUUGAUGUCAUAGCACUAGAUGAGAGGUGGCAUCUAUUAAAAGUCAGUAGGAGGAUCCAACAAAUUGAUGUCAUGGUAACAUGUCAAUAUGAAAAUAAUUGAUAAAUCAGAAGUGGCAUUUCUGCAACCCUCUGUGUGUGUGUGUGUGUGUGUGUGUGUAUGAUUUUUCAAAAUUAUUUCUAGGAAGAAAAAUAUAUGGCAGCUAGUAUUUAAAAUUUACUAAAGAGCUUUCAGAGGAUGUUUGUCAGAGGAUUUGUUACUCAUCAAAUGUUCAGUACUGUAUUUCACUUCAAUUUUUGUCUUACCAUGCACAAUGUAUGGAUUGUAGUAACUUUAAAAUGUGACAUGAGGAGCCGGCGCUGUGGCGCAGCAGGUUAAAGCCCUGGCUUGCAAUGCCAGCAUCCCAUUCGGGCGCCAGUUCAAAUCCCGGCUGCUCCACUUCGGAUCCAGCUCUCUGCUAUGGCCUGGGAAAGCAGUAGAAGAUGGCCCAGGACCUUGGGACCCUGCACCCACGUGGGAGACCUGGAAGAAGCUCCUGGCUCCUGGCUUCCGAUAGGCGCAGCUCCGGCUGUUGUGGCCAUCUAGGGAGUGAACCAGUGGAUGGAAGAUCUCUCUCUGUCUCUACCUCUCUCUGUAACUCUUUCAAAUAAAUUAAAUAAACAUUUUUUAAAAAAUGUGA